AUGGUUUCUAAACGGCUAAUUCCACUUUGGCCGUCGACCUCCGUGAAACAGCUCUUCCGAGAAGCAGAAAGAGAAGGGUGUGGAUCGGGUAUCGUAAAUCUUAAGCGUUCGUUUAAAAGAAAUCGCCAACAGUCGUCAAUACCGAAUCGUUACUCCUCGAAACGUAGAUGCUUGGAGUUCCGACUAGAAGAAGACGACCGGCGUGAGAACAAUGCCGUUAGAUUAAAAGGAAGUGAAGAGUCGAAGCGCACUAGUGAUGAAGAUCCUUCUCGUUCUUCUUCUGAGACGGUGACUGAUGAAGAAGAAGACGGCGGCGACUGUGAGAGCGACGCUGUUUCUGUUGAUUCUAGGUUGAAAAAGUUAAUACGACAGCGUUUUAGCGAUGAUGAUGUUCCUUCUCCCUCUUCUUCUGAGACGGUGGAACUCAAAAUCUCGGGAUUGCGGCGAGGAGACGAAGAAGAAGAGUGUGCGAACGACGCCGUUUCUAUUGAGCAUGAACAAUCGAUACGGAGGCAGCGUAAUAGCGAUGAUGAUCUCGCUGCUCUCACUCUCCUCCAGCUUUAUCAUCAUGAUAAGUAUAAGCAAACGCAACCGCAACCGCAGAGGCAACUUCAAACGAAAACGCAAACGCAACCUCAAAGUGAACCAAAAGCCGAACUUCAAACGCAAACGCUUACGCUUAUGCAAACACAACCGCAGACGCAGCUGAUGUGUGAUUCGUACAAGUGUAGCGUCUGUGGAAGAGAGUUUUCUUCGUAUCAAGCUUUAGGUGGUCACAAGGCUAGCCACCGGGCCAAGCCGCUUGUUGAGAACGCAACCGAAGAGGCUGGAGACAAGAAGCGGCCAAAGACGAUGAUGCCUCCGUCUGGGAAAAUCCACAAGUGUUCUAUAUGUCAUACCGUGUUUCCCACGGGACAAGCCCUAGGUGGACACAAACGCCGUCACUACGAAGGCGUUCUUGGCGGUCACAAACGCAAUCCCUACGAGACUGUCCUCAGCCAAAACGGAGGAGACAAGUCGAUGAGUCUGAGCAAUGGGAGUAUUGUCACAAAUGCGUCGGGUCGAAACCAGAGGUUACUUGAAUGGAUUGAUCUUAAUCAACCUCCGUUGCCGGAGAUUGGUAACAACGGUGGUGGAGACGCGGAGGAGGUUGAAAGUGCAAUUUGUAGCGAAUAA